UUUCCUUCUCUGUUCUCUCCCCUUUCAAUCAACCAAGAUUCAAAUCUUUAGCAGUAAAAUUUCCUUUCUUUGCAAUCCUAGAAAACAGUGCUGCAAUUGCUUGAAUUGUCACACCAUCUUCAAAUGUCUGCAAACAUCGAUUUUCUAUUGCAGGCCACUAGGAUUCUCAAUCUUGUUUUGGAGGGGGGACAUUACCCCAAUGAUUUCUUCUCUUAUACUCUUAUUGAAGAUCUCUGUGAGAAUGGAAAGCUUGAGGAAGCACAAAAUCUCCUUGUAACAAUGCUGAACAAGGGACUCAAUCUAGAUGCAAUCAUCACCAAUACAAUGGUACACUACCUAUGCAGGGAAAACAAACCUGGAAGCGCUGCAAAAUUCCUGAUGUUAAUUCUGGAAAAAGGCUACAAAAUUGACCCCAUCACCUUAAAAUCUCUGAUAGACUUCUUCAACAGAAAUGAAAACGUGCAGGAAGCCACAAGCCUUCUGCAAGGAAUUUUAGGUAAGGGCCACAAACCCAAUUCUUUUAUUUACAAUAUGUUUGUGGGCUGUCUUUGCAAUGUGGGGAAGCCUGAAGGGGCCACUACUCUUAUACAAUGCUUGUUAGACAAGGGGUACAAUCCCAAUUCCAUCAUCACUCUUGGCAGUUUCAUAGAUAGUCUUUGCAAGGAAAAGAAGUUUGAUGAUGCAAUGCGUAUGUUCCAGAUGAUGCUGAAUAUGGGUCACAUUGCUAAUUCGACCACCGUUAAUAAUUUGGUUAUGGGUCUUUGUAAGGACUGUAAGACAAGGCAGGCUGCAGAUGUUCUGCACAGUAUGCUGGAAAAGGGCUACGACCCGGAUGAAAUUAUAUUUGAUAAUGUUGUCUGCUUUCUUUGUGACGAGGGCAGUAUUUAUCUAGUCCAGGACUUGGUGCAUAGUAUGUUGUCAAAAGGCCACGGCUUGAAUUCUGUUACAUGUAAAAUCUUGGCAGAAAAAAUCUGCAGGAAAGGCAAUUCAGAAGAGGCAACCAAGAUUUUAGAACAAAUGUUGGAAAAGGGUUAUAUACCAAAUGUCAUCACAUAUUCUAUAACGAUAGUCUGGUUGUGCAAGCAAGGCAAGCUGCAAGUAGCGAGGGUCUUUUUUGGUAGAAUGCUAGACAAGGGUUAUUACCCUGAUGCCAUUGCCGCCUCAGUUCUGAUCAAUUGCUUUUGCAAAGAAGGGCUUUGGGAUGCUACGAUGGAGCUAUUGCAGAAAAUGGUGGGGAGAGUAUCCAUUAUUAUGAAUGCCCCUGCAUUUGUUGCCCUGGUGAAUGGUAAAUGCAUCAAAGGUAUGUCUCAUGAAACUAGGGAUCUGCUCAUAAAAAUCCCUGUUGGUGGUCAUGGACAUGAUCAAUAUGUUAUGUAUAAUGCUUUAAUUCACAAGUUUUGCAUGUGUGGUAGCAUGUACGAGGCAAAGUUUCUCCUCAAAGAAAUUGUAGAGAAAAGUCAGAAGCUGCCUGUUAUGGCAUAUGCUCACCUGAUAAACUGUCUAUGUAAUUUAGGCAUGGUUUUAGAAGCCAAUAAACUCUUUAGUGAGAUCGUCGACAACGGCUAUAAACCUAGUACGGUAACAUACAAUGUUUUAUUGGAAGGCCUUUGUAAGCAUGGUAUGUUGGAGGAUGCCAAGACGCUGCUCAAAAAGAUGUUGGAGAGGCGACACAGCCCUUAUAUUUUGGCAUACAGGGCACAGACGAAUGCUGCUUGCAAGGAUCAGAAGUUCAAAAAAUUAAGGCUUUUUGAGGAAGUGUUAGAGAACGAACAGGAUUUAAGUAAUCUUACAUAUAAAACCUUGGUAGAUAGUAUUUACAAGCCAGAUAAGGGUCCUGAAUUUUAUGUCAGGUCAAUACAGGCAAUUGGGUAUUUUAAAUUAAAGCGGGUAGGCUUGUUCAUGGGCAUUUGUUGUAAGAUCUGUUGCAUGGAGCACGAUAUCAUUCCUUCAUUUCACAGCAAGAUUAUGGAGAGUGGCGCUUUUGUAAUCUCUGGCUGGUUUCUUUAUGGGUUUUUGUCUACCUGUUUUGUAUCUCUAUUAAUUAUCUACACGCUCAGGUAUAUAAGCAGGGUGCGAAAUAUUGUUAAGAGACAGCUCUCCAGAUGUUUGCGUUCCUCACUGCAUCUAAUAACUCCAAUUGAUAAUAGUCUCUCACAAGCUUCUAGACUUUUUAAUCUGACCAUUGAAGGGAAUCAUUCUCUGAAUUUGUUCUUCUUCCACACACUCAUUGAAGAUCUCUGUGAUAGUGGAAGGCUUGAAGAGGCUGAAAAUCUCCUCCAAACAAUGUUGAACAAAGGACUAAUUCCUGAUGCAGUCACCACCAAUAAAUUGAUACACCAGCUUUGCACGGAGAACCAGCCCAAACAAGCUGCAAAUUUUCUGAUGCUAAUGCUGGAAAAGGGAUAUCAAAGUGAGCCCAUCACCUUAAAAUAUCUUAUAGAUUGUUUCAGCACAAUGGGCAACAUGCAGCAUGCUAUUAAGCUUUUGGAAGCAAGUCUGGAUAAGGGCCACAUACCCAAUUCUGUUAUUUACAGUACAGCUGUGGGUUGCCUUUGCAAUGGAGGAAAGGCUGAAGAGGCCACUGCCCUUAUACAAUGCUUAAUGGAUAAGGGCUACAAUCCCAACACCACCAUUACUCUCAAUAAUUUCAUGGACAUCCUCUGCAAGAAAAAGAAGUUCUCUGAUGCAGUGCAGAUAUUCCUGAUAAUGUUGGAUAAGGGUCACAUUAGUGAUGUGACCACCAUUAAUAAUUUGGUCAUGGGUCUUUGCAAGGACUGCAGGACAAAGCAGGCUGCAGAGGUUUUGCAUAGAAUACUGGAGAAGGGCUGCGAUCCAGGUGAAAUUGCCAUUGAUAACCUUGUGGGUUUUCUUUGUGAUGAAGGUGAGUUUCGUCUACUCUUGGGCUUGGUGCAUGAUAUGUUGUCAAAAGGACGUGUAUUGAGUCCCAUUACAUGUAAUAUGUUGACAGAAAAACUUUGUAGGAGAGGUAAUUCAGAAGAGGUUAUGAAGGUUUUACAUCAGAUGAUGGAGAAGGGUUAUGAACCUAAUGUUAUCACAUAUUCUAUAAUGACCGUCUGGUUGUGUAAACAAAGGAAGUUGCAAGAAGCUAGGGAUUUCUUUUGUGGUAUGCUAGAAAAGGGUUACUGUCCUGAUGUCAUUACAUCCUCAAUUCUGAUCAACUGUUUUUGCAAAGAAAGGCUUUGGGAAACAGCAUUAGAUCUGUUGCAUAAAAUGGCGGGGAGAGGACUUAUAAUUAACAUUAACACUCCCACUUUUGUUGCCCUGUUAAAUGGACAAGGCGUGAAAGGCAUGUCUCAUGAAACCAUGAAUUUGUUCGUGAAAAUUGUUGUUGGGAGUCACAGACAUGAUCAAUAUGUUAUGUGUAAUGCUUUUAUUUAUAAGCUUUGCUUGCAAGGCAGUCUGUCUGAGGCAAAGUCUAUCUUGAAGGAGAUUUCAGAGAAAGGCCAGAAGCCUCCUUUAAUGGCGUAUGCUCACCUGAUAAACUGUAUGUGUAAUUCAGGCAUGGUUUUUGAAGCUAGUGGACUCUUUAGUGAUAUUUUGGACGAUGGUUAUGAGCCAAGCACCGUAACAUACAAUAUUCUAUUGAACGGGUUUAGCAAGCAAGGUAAGUUGGAUGAUAUCAAGGGAUUGCUAAAAAAGAUGUCAGAGAGAGGACACAGUCCUUAUGUCUUGGCAUACAAGACAGGGAUGGAUGCCCUUUGCGAAGAUCAGUAGUUGCAAAAACUAGGAGCUCUUCAGGAGAAAGGAUCAAGAUUUGUUUGAAUAAUCUUAAUUACAAAGCAUUGGUGGAUAGCUUCCACAAGGCAGAUAAGUGAGUUUUGUUUAUAUAUUUAAAUUUGGCUGUUAAAAGUGGUGCUGAUGAGAUCAUCUGUAUUGGUAAGAAAAAGCUGUGGAUAGUGUCCCAUUGAUAUUGCAAGCAGAAUAGUUGUAAGGAAAAUUUGGCUGGACAAUUCAUGGGCAUGUUGCAUUGAUUCAUUUUAAAUUUUCAAAAGAAGACGACUUAUUCCUCGCCAUUAUUUCAAGGUUGGUUAGAUGUAUGCUGGUUCAUUUGCUUGGGGAUCAAUUCGGUAUCUCUAUGUCUCUUAGCUCUCUAUCAAUUGGGGUUCAUUUGUGAACAUAAUUAGUUAGAUGAAUGGAUGUUGGUUCAUCUAUCUUUUAGUUCUCUAUUAUCAUGAUGAUGGAUCAGAGAGUGUGAUCCGAAACAUUGAUAAAAUAAUUUAGACAGUCUAAUCCAGAAACAACAUCAAAAUUUAAAUCA